AUGGAAGAGGGAAUGGAAAAGGAGAAUGGGGUGGGAAAGGGGAAGGGGCGUACAGCACACAAGGUGACCCAGAAGCAGCAGAGUCGAGCAAAGGCAGCUCACGGUGCCGCUGGCGGUGCCCGGGAAGAACGAGGCUCGGCGUGGCCUCCCCGCCCUGCCAGACCCCCGGCAGCAGCCGUGGUCGCCCCCGCCGCAGCAGGCAGCUGCCCGGGGACUGCUCGCCUUUCCCGGGAGAGAAGGACGAGCCGGUGCGCACACGUGCGAAUGCACAAUCAUAACCUCACACAGCCACCGCCGCCCCCCGCGCAGAGGCCGCGCUGCGCGGGGGGGGGAAGGGGCAGGGGGGGGGGCGCGCAGCGCUGCGCGGCUGCCGGCGGACCCCGCGCCGGCGGCACCUGCGAGGAGGGGCAGCCUCGCUCCCCUCCCCUCCCCUCCGCCGUCUGCCGGUCCCUCCGUCGGUCCGUCCGUCCGUCCGUCCGCGGCGGCGGGCGGUCGGAGCGCGGAGGAGCGGCGCUGGGGAAGGACUACGGUGUUGGGUUACCCCGGCCCGGCCCGGCCCGGCCCGGCCCCGCCGCGGGGGCCAGCGGGUGCCGCGGGGCUCCGCCGCCGGCCGCGCAGCCCACGGUAUGUCGGGCCGGUGACUUCAGCCGGGAGAUAUUUGGAGGCUCCGCGGGGUCCGGCGCGGGGGGCCAGCGUGUGUUUGGGUCUGAAAGCGAAUCAGCGGAGGGCGCGUCACUGCCAAAGGGCCCUAUAAAUCCAUCUGCGGCGCCGAGUCGCCCUGGCAAAGCCCCCGCGUCCGCGCGUCCGGCUCCGCGCUCCCUCCGCCCGCGGCCGCGGAGCUCCCCGCGCCUGGCUCGGCCCAGCCCGGCCCCCUCACCCCCCCGCCCAGCCCCGCCGGUGCCCGGGGAGCCCGGCGUGCCCAGGCCCAGCCCGGGCAGCCGAGCGGGCUCUCCCCGGCACCCGCCCGGCCUCCCGCCGCUCCUGCCACGCUCCCGCUUGGAUCUAAGCCUUCGCCGCGACGGGACCCCCGAUCUGGAGGAGGAAGCCUCGCUGCUGCUGCUGCUACCGGCUUUACAAAUCCCAGCGCCGGCCUCUGAUUCUCCCAGCAGGCUGAAGGGGGUGGUUUGA